GUGGAGUUAAAAUGUCCGUUCACUACAAAUUUAAAAGUACCCUUCACUUUGACACAAUAACGUUUGACGGGCUUCAUAUAUCUGUUGCUGAUUUAAAAAAGGAAAUAGUACUGCAAAAACGCCUGGGAAAAGUUAUUGAUUUUGACCUCCAAAUAACCAAUGCGCAAAGUAAAGAAGAAUAUAAGGAUGAUAAUUUUCUAAUACCAAAGAAUACAACGCUUAUUAUUUCACGGAUACCCAUUGCAAACCCAAUAAAAAAAGGAUGGGACGUACAAAACGACGUUGCUAUUUCCAACGCAAUUAUAAGUAAACAAGAAAACUUAAAUAUGGACCUUUCUAAAAUGGAGGGAAGUGAAGAAGAAAAAAUACAAGCCAUGAUGAUGCAAAGUACAGCAGAAUAUGAUCCUAAGACGUAUCAUCGUAUUAAGGGACAAUCGCAAAUGGGCGAAGUUCCUUCUUCAUAUCGCUGCAAUAAAUGUAAAAAGGGCGGACACUGGAUUAAGAACUGCCUAUUUACAUCUUCGAAGGAUCAAUUAGAAGUAAAACGAAAUACGGGAAUUCCCCGGUCAUUUAGAGGCAAGAAUGAAAUCUUAUCAGACCAGGAAACGUCGAAGUUUAAAAUUCCGAUUGAAAACGAUCAAGACAUUCCAGAAGAUUUAAUAUGUGGUAUUUGUAGAAACAUUUUCGUUGAUGCUGUAAUGAUUCCAUGCUGUGGAAGCUCAUUUUGCGAUGAUUGCGUUCGAAAUGCACUUUUGGAAUCGGAAGAAAAUGAAUGUCCGGAUUGUAAGGAAAAAAGUUGCUCGCCAGGCAGUUUAAUUCCCAAUCGUUUUUUGAGAAAUUCUGUUAAUGUUUUUAAAAAUGAAUCUGGACUAAAACUUGGAGUUCAUAAGACUGCAUUUCUUGAUUUUUGAUUUUUGUGCCGGCAU